AUGGCAGCACAGACUUCGUCAACAGCAUCAGCACCGAGUGAGCCCAGGCAGAAAGCGGUGUACGAGUGGAGGGUCCUCACCGUCCACAAAAGCGCCGGUGAAGACGUCGUUUUGGGCAUUUUUGGGGCAUUUUUGGGCAAGGGUCCAAUGCAGCUCCUUCCCCAGACGCACCUUCCCUGCCGUUGCGCCUUGGUUGCCAUGGUGUGA